AUGAUUGCUACCGGCGCAAGAUGGGGGUUUUUCUGGGAAGGAGAAGGCGUCAGUGGCAAGCUGCGAGCUGCAAGGGUUGAAAUCGAUGAUCCGCACCCAUGCACAACAGAACUGAUCCUCUGCAGGCACGAGUCGUCACCGUGCGAACGGAAGGGCCGUGUCGCCAGGUGGGAUUUGGGUGUCGAGGUUUGGUGGGAUCGAGACUGGGCGCUCACAUACCAGAAGGGAUUCUCGGCACAGGGAUCGUCCGAAUGUCUCUGA